GUGCCCGAAUUAACAGCGUGAUAAGUUGUGUUGUUAUUAUAUAAAUUUGUCGUCGAACGUGUUAUCAGUCAGCUGGCUCUUAUCGUGAAGUAUCUGUAUUUUAAGGUGAUAAUUGAAUUUGGUAGUCCUAUUGUAGGAUUGCAACGUGAAUUAACGAUGUAACUAAGAACAUUUAGUGAUCAACAUUACAUUUAAUAAUCUAAGUAGCUUUUGAUAUCAAGCAGCUUGGAUGAUGAAGUCCGUAGCCCUAUCUCGUUACAUCACUGUCGUGGCCAUAGCCGGGGUGCUGGUGUCGACGUAUGCCUUGUACGUGGAAAUGGCGGCGGAGGCCCACCCUGGGUACAAAGCCCUGUGCGACAUAGCCGAGUACGCCAGUUGUUCCAGAGUGCUGACGUCUGAGUAUUCAAAAGGUUUUGGAGUAAUGCCAAAAGAAUCCUCGCUUGAAGUUCCGAAUUGCAUAUAUGGAAUACUAUUUUACUGCAUAAUGAUACUUUUAGCAACAUUUGAUCAAAAGUUCAUCGUGCGGUUGCAGUUCUACUUGGCUAUCGCUUCAGUGGCAUCUAGUGUGUAUUUGGCAUAUCUUCUCGCUUUUGUUUUAAGAGAUUUUUGUAUUGUGUGUGUCUCUACAUAUUUUAUAAAUGCAGCAUUAGUAGGCUUAGUGUAUAAAAAAGAUAGAUUGUUGACUGAAAAAAGUAAAUAGUUUAAGGUAGUAUAUAGCGCCAUCUUUAUUUCCAUUAGAUUACUAAGUCUAUGACACAGCGCCAUCUACUAUUUACAUUUGUAACUAAUUUACAUUGCCAUCUAUUAUUGAAUAGCAGUACUAUUUAGUGCAUACUUAUCACAUUUAAGUUAUAGAUGGCAGUAAUAGUAGCCAUUUUAAUAAAUCAUCGAAGGAAUCUUAAAGAAAUUUGAUCCGAUAGUGUGGUCACUAUUAGUUAUAGGAAAAAAUAUUAAAGAAAAUGUGCAAACCUACGCUGUUUUUUUUUGUUUGAAAGACUACUGCAGUUUGUAUACCUUCUAUUUGCUCAAUUCUAUAAUUUUAAUUUUGCUGCUGGUACAUCUCCAUAUCACUCGAAAUAGGUCCUACCUAGUCUUAUUGUAGCGCUAGAUUAGGUAAGGUAUCAGAUGCAGUUGUACAAUAGGUUUAACUAGCGUGGUAAA